AUGGGGGUGGGGGAGCACCCCCGACUUGGACCACUUCCCUGCCUGCCCUGCAGGGGCCGCUCCAGGGCCCAGGAGCGCAGCGCCCCCUGGAGCCGCAGUGCCGGAGAAGCCUGUGCCCUGGGUCUGCGGCGCCGCCGUGUGUCAGGAUUGCGCCAAUCAGAAAGAGAAGCCUACCAGUUCAUUCUGGACUUUCUAGAAGAAGAAUACAUGUCUGAGGCCACCAAGCUGCAGUUCCUGAGGGCCGUGGGAACCCUGAGUGGCGCUGUGCACGCCCAGGCAGAGGGCGACAUGAGCGAGUACUGCUCCAAAGCCAUCCUGGCCAAGAAAACUGAGAAAUUCAUCCUCCAGGAAUCCACCGAGGUUUUGACGAGCAACGUGCGUCAGCAAGCCAUGCUCUGCAUCGUGGCCCUGAGCCAGGUGAAGCCACCGUUCUACUUAUCGGAGAAGCUGGACCUGGUAAACACGUGUGUCUUCAGCACGUUCUCUCUGCCGCCCAUCUUGCCCAGCCUGGACCGAAAGGAGAGUGCUAGUCUGUACCUCCAGACGGUCCAGGCCUUAGAUGACAUGUUACAAGUUCUUGUGAUGGACGACAUGGACCCCAACAUGCUCAUCCUGCAAAGCUUCCUGGAGAUCAUCUUACCUUGGUCAUUACUGUCAGACAAAGUGCAUGAAAAGACCCGGGCCUUGGGCACUAUUUCCCGGCUGCUGAGAUUUAUUUGCAACUUCCCCAGACUGUUGCACAUGACAGAAUUCUCGAUGAGCGGGAGACUGAUGGGUAUCUUUGGCCUCUUCUGUAUGGACCCCAACCAGGAGAUCAGCAUGGAGGCAUCAGAGGCACUGCAUUACUUGUUCAAAAUCCUUGUGCUUCAGAGAAGUUCGAAACCGAAGACAGAGAUCAUCCUGCAGGACUUGCAGAAGCAUUUCCGUGGGGAAUGGUUUGCCAGCAUGCAGGACAUCACGCUGUUCUUCAAGAAAUACCUGACCCCCAACGAGAGAGCAGACAUGAUCAUGGUGGCCAUGGAGGCCAUGACCGGUGCCGGCAGUCACGACAUCUGUGCAGCUUCCAAGAUGUUGAAGAUGAUCCUGAAGUAUACUAUUCCGGAGAUUGGGAAGGUUCCAGAAAUCAUCCGGUACCUUUACCACCACAUGAACAGCAUCACGGAAAUCACAGCCCAGACGACCGUUAAGAAGAUCCUCUACCUGCUGGCGCAGUCCUACACGGACGAAGUCAUCCUGACGCUGUUCAAGAUGGAAGAUCAGUCCCAAAAAGGGGUCCACAAGCCCUGGGAAAUCCUGGCAUCCUUCCCCAAAGGCUACGAGGUGAUCAUGGAAUACCUGCUGCAGAGGCUGACUCCGUACCAGCAGUCGAGGGUCCAGGAGCCCAGCUGCAGAACAGCCAUCUCUCCGCUGAUUGCCACCAGGGCCAUCCACGAGCUCCUGCUGGAACCGAGCCGUCGGAUCGAAGUGCAGACCUUCUUCUCUCCCCUGUUCCUGGCCCUGCUGUUCCAGGUCUCCUGCUUUGUGAUUGAAGGGGUUGCUGAAACCGUCCAGGACCCAGAUCACGUAACCGAAUGGGUGGACCCCAUAAGUUCUACCGUGGAGGCUCUGCAGACCCUGAUGCGCAGCUCUGGGUAUGCGGACCACGUGUCUUCCAUUCAGCAACUUGGGGGCUGGGGGCUGCUUACCAAUCCUGAAAGACACUAUGAUGGAGUCACUCUGGUGGCCAGGUCCCUGGUCAUCAACGGCUGUUGGCACAACCGCCCCAUCUUCGGCCUCAUCGUCAGGAUCCUGCAGGACCCCGGCUGCAGGAAUCACCGGACUGCCCUUGUGCUCCUGACGGAGCUGCUCCAGUGCCCAGACGUGGCAGCCAUGGUGGAUAACGUUGCCACCCACAUCCUGGCAAGCUGGUUCCAGACUGAGGAGUUGGCCACGGUGAAGCUAUUGCUGCAGCUGACGGAGGCCUACGCCAAGGAUGAAAACAUGGUGAGACACCUCCACAUCCUCCAGCCUUACGUGCUCAACUGCUGCUGCUCCUCGAACAGCGACAUCGUGGUGGACACUCUGCUGAUGCUGAAGGACCUCCUGAGCCACCUCACCUGGAAGUACUCCUCCUCCUUCCUGCUUCAGCUCACCUUCACGCUGGUGCCCUUCUUCGAGGAGCACCAGGUGCUCAACUUGAUAAUCGUCCUCGUGCUCCACCUGCAGGACGCGAAUAUCAGCGUGGCUCUGGUGAGAGGCCCGGCCUUGGAGCCUGGCCCCAUGCCCGUGUUCCUCACACGCAGACUCCUUGUCUCCCAGAUCUGCCAGUCUGCCCUCUGCCACAUAGCCGCCCUGCUGGGCUGGUCAAAGCUCAAAGCAGUAUUCUCGGAGAAAGAUGUGUGGACCAUCCUCGGAGCCCUGCUGGAGCAGGAGGCGAGCAAAGCCCUCUGGUUUCUGAAGCAGACUGUGUCUCUCCUCAAGAGCCCGCAGGCCCCCAUCCGCCGGGCCGCGGUGUGGUUCGCAGGCCAGAUUAUCCAAACCCUAGACCUGGAAGAGAUCGAUGAAAUCGAGGAGGCACAUGCAGCCCUAAGGUACAUGCAGAGAGACCCCGACCCCAUGGUCAGCUGCCUCACCACCCAGACCUUCUACGUCCUGGAAGCCAAGAAGAAGAUGCUGCCGGUCAGGACCCCGACCUCCUGCUUCUGCAGGAGGAAGUCCCAAAGGAGCCACUUCUGA